AUGUUGUGAUUGUGGAUUAGUAAAAGAAGAAUAUUCAGAUGAAGAAUUAGGACUAUGUAUAAUUAUUAUUGGUACAUUUAUACAUCGCGAGCCGUGUUUAGCAGCGUCAUUACUGCCAGAAAUUUUAAAUAUUGUUACUACUGUGUCAUUGAACAUUACAUACCCUUGGCAAAGUGAAUCGAGUAUUUAUUUACCUGGUAGUGCUGUAAGUGUAGCUCAUCAAUUUCUACGAUGUGUACUUCACCAAAUGGCACCGAAUGGCAUAUUUUUACAGAUGUUUCAAACAAAUAUAAAAGGUACUACUUCAACAAGAUUAUUUAGAAGUGUAUCGCAAGCAUUAGUUGAUUUUAAUGAACUUAAUUCUAUAGCACCAUUGCAAAUUUUAAUAGAG